GUUUGCAUUCCAGAAGAAACAUGAUUGCGAGCAUUAGAAAUAUUGAGUUUGUUAAAAUUUGUUAUUGAUAAUAAAUGUGUAAUGUUUAAGAGGUGUAUAACCUCCAUUUUUGAUGUAAUUUAAACACAGUACUAGUCGAGCCUCCAGAUCAGUGUUCUACUGUAAUGGAUAUCCAGAUGGUUUAAAUCAGGAUACUGUUUUGAGAUACUAAUGCUACAAUAGUGAAGGAAUUCUUGUGCUAGACAUAACCAUAAAUAAUGCCAUCUGACAGUCGUAAGCACAAGUCAUUUGAAGGAACUUGGGGAGCACAAGAACUUUCACAGCGUUUCAUGAGUACCAGUACUUCAAAUGUUAAGGAGUCCAGUAGACAAAGAGAUGGCUCAAGACGUAAGGAGAAGAAUCACACUAGCUCUCCUCAUAAACCGAGCACUGACAGUCACACUUCUCGAAAAGAUGCCAGAGAUAAAAUCAUCGAUAGUCAAGCAACAAAACGAAGAGACAGCAAAGUACGAGAGGAAUCCAAGACAAGACAAAAAGAGAAAACUGUAAUUCCAAACACCAGAAGUGUAACAAAGCCAGACAAAGUAAAGACAAGCCAGCCAACUUUGGAGAAACAACGAGAAUCACUGAGAUCAGAUGCAAAUACUAUGAAACGUAAUGAAAAGAAAGGUGUAAAAGAAGAGCAACAUAAUAGCAUCAAACAUAAAAUAGGUACUAGUAGUACUAAGAAGGAAGAUGAAAGAAGUAGAACAAGAACUAAGCAGCCUCAUGAUCAAGCUAAAGACCCCAUGUAUGACAAGAAAAGAAGAGAUAGCAGAAUUGAAAAGAAACAAAUUAGUGGGUACAAAGAAAAUAGGUCAGCAUAUGAAAAUAAAAGUUUAGAAAAGUCAAGAGAAAAAUCAAGAAGAAGUAGUGAAAAGUCACCAACAAAACAGAGUUUAGAGAAGUCAAGAGAAAAAUCAGGAAGAAGCAGUGAAAAGUCUUCAGGAAAACAAAAUCUAGAAAUUGGUAGAGAAAAAUCUGCGAAAACAAGCGAAAAAGGGAACAGAGACAAAUCCAGUAAAGGAGUCAGGCCAAAGUCUUCAAAACCUAAGAGUGCCCGACCAAGAACUGCAGCUCCUGAAGCUGAAGAAAUAGAGGAGGAUAUAAUAGUAACAACAGAGAAAACUGAAGAUCAAGAAGUAGAAGAGUUUAUUAAUCCCGAGGAAGUUUUAGACAAGGAAAAUGGAGAGACGAUUGAGAUAUUGCCAGACCAGUAUGAACAGAAAGAAAAAUUUGUUGAACUUGCAGACAAUGAACCUGAUCCAAAAGGAGAUUAUGAUGACUAUGAUUACGGUGAUGAAGAGUUUGAGGACUACGACUCAGACUUUGAAGAAGAUUCUGGAAGUGAACCUGAUGAUGAAGAGCAAAGUAAUGAAGGAGGAGCAGAGAAUGAGGAAGCUCCAGACAGUGGAAUAUAUAAGGAAGAACCAGAAAUUACAUAUACAAGACCUCCUUUACAUCACUCCCACUCUGCCACAGCUGAAGAAUCAGUACAAAACAGAUAUUUAGAGGAUGAAAAUAUCCAUGUAGUUGGACGCAGAGAACCACCUCCAUCUCCUGAAAACAAUGGAGAAAGUGUCAGUUUAGGAAAUCACAAGCAAGAACCAUCUUUAGAGGUAUCAUCUGGACGACCACAGACAGCUAGGACCUUUAUCAAUUUUUCUUCUGCCAAGAAACAUCAAGAAAAAGACAAAGUAUUAAAUAAAAUUAUGAAACGAGGAGUAGAAGUGUUGGAGUUUGUAACGCUGGAUAGUUUAACUUUUGAUCUGUUUGAUUUGCCUCCUGUUAAAUAUGAAAUUUACAUCCGUAACUUUGGCCGAUCAAACACAAAACAGGUGACUGUACAAACUGAUAACUUUGAAGAUGAAGAAAUACAGACUAAUGAAAUCGACAAUAGAGACAAAUGGACUCAGAAACCUCCUCAUGAUCACUUAGGAGUAGGAGGUGAUAUGGAUCGCACUGUGUCUGGAGGAGUAGGAUGGAGCAGUGUAGUUCAAACAGAUGCCGUCCAGUUAACUCAGUUUGUGCAAAAUGCUUCACAGGUCAUACUUACAUUGCUUGAUGAAGAGUUAGCUGAAGAAAACCAAUGGCAGUUGACUUUUAGCGAAGGAAGUACAAGUUUGAGUCAUGGUUUCCUACGACUGGGCUUCAUUCCAUUUCGCAUAGAUUGUCCUGUAACCUCAUUGGCUUUUUCCACCACUCACAUCAACUACCUUCUUACCAUUCAUGGCUCACCACAUGAGGCAACAGAAACACCUGAGUUGGAUGAAAAAGGUAUCAUAUGUGUGUGGAAUAUCAAUAAUCCAUCCAAACCUGAAGAGUAA